CCUGGAUGUUUAUGGAUUGUCAAAAUUAUUACAUGGCUUACUGAUGUUUAGUCAGCCUAUCGCAGUCGACGUCGGGACGUUUUGGGCGUCUCUUAGAGAGGUGGGGGAGCACACAAAGUACACUUAGAUCGGUGUUGAUGGUUUUUAGUUAAAUUAAUGAAAUCAAGUGAGUUACAUCGUGUUAAUGAUGAUAUAGAUCUUGUUAAGUCUGGAUUUCUGUGAUGUAAAAAUGUUCGGAGUACAACAGAUCGAUUCCUGCUACUAUUUUGAACAUUUCGUGGACUGUUCGACUAACACCAUGCACAACCCCUUCUUAGCUCAACGUCUGUUCCAUCCGUACUUUCCGCAAAUGUGGUUUCCCUUUCCUGUCAAGUUUCAACAGCCACGGCCUGAAAAACCGCCAUAUUCGUACAUUGCCUUGAUAGCCAUGGCCAUAAGUUCAUCGCCUAAGAAACGCCUCACAUUGAACGGAAUAUACAAGUAUAUAAUGGACAAUUUUCCGUACUACAGGGAGAACAAACAGGGGUGGCAAAAUUCCAUAAGGCAUAACCUGAGUUUGAAUGACUGUUUUGUUAAGAUUCCUAGAGAGAAAGAGAUAGGAGGUCCUGAUACGCCGGGAGGCAAGGGCAGUUAUUGGAUGUUGGACCCUAGGGCUACUAAUAUGUUCGAAAAAGGAAAUUAUAGACGAAGGAAAACGAAAAGGCAGAGGUUGAAUGAGAGAUCCGCCGAACUGGCACAGGUGAGAAUGUAA